AGCGGUUGACUAAUUAGUUAGUCUGAGAUUGUGUUUGUUACAAGCUUAAAGCCGAGCGUUUAUGGUGGAGAUAGUCUAUAUUAGGCGGAAAUUAAAGGCUGUGAUGGCUCAGGCAAAAAUUCCAGGCAGGAAAUGGUAAAAACAAUAACCAACUCAGACUAAACUAAGAUUGUUUAAUACAGAAAGAGAGAGACAAGCCCUGUUUUGUCGCAAGCCACAGUGAAUUGACAUGUCUCCCUUUCUAUCUAGAAUAGGAAUUUCACUAGGGAAAACCUUUCUCUCUCUUCUUCGAGUUUGAGAGCUCUUGAAUCUUCCUCAUUCAGGAGGGUGCUCAAAACCUGAGACGGGAAGUUCCAGGAGAGCUGGAGGUUCCUGGGCGGCAUUUCUUUAGCAGAAACAAUGAGCGACGACGGUGCCCCAGCUCCAGAUACUCCACCUUCUUCUUCAAAUAAUACUAGUAACAACAACAGUGGUGGUAAAAAGAAAACUAAUGAUAAUUCCUCAUCUUCCUCUCCUCCUCCGCCGCCACCAGAUUCAUCGUCACCAACUCCACGGAGGUCCCCUCCUUCACCUCCUACUUCUACUGGGAAUACUAAUACUCCACGUAUACCGGGUGCUGCAUUUACUCCACCUCCACCGCUUCUGCUUUCCAUACCAUCACCAGCAAAGAAAGUUUCACCAUCAGCGAAUACAAAGUCAUCAUCUUCUUCCUCAUCUUCAUCUGCUGACAAUUACCUUAUAUAUACUGUAGCAGGAGCGAUUGGUGCUGGGUUACUUCUCAUUGCUUUGAUCGCCAUUUGUGCUAUGUGUUGUAGGAAGAAGAAGAAAAAGCACCAUCAACAACCAAUGCCAUAUUAUGAUCAUCAGUCCAACCCAUAUAAAGUUGACCCAUAUUACAAUAGUUCACCAUAUCCAAACUGGCAGGGGGGGAAUCCAAACUGGCAUCUUCCAGGAGAAGAUGGUGGUAAAAUGCAGCCGCCACCACCACCACCACCUGGUGCUGGUGGCUGGAAUCUGGCUCCAGCACCUCCACAUAUGAUAAGCAGCGGAGAAAUGAGCUCCCAGUACUCUAUGCCAGUGCGUCCUCCUAUGCCUCCUCCAUCCCCAAAUAUUGCUCUUGGAUUUAACCAAAGUUCUUUUACUUACGAAGAGCUAGCAGCUGCUACAGGGGGAUUUGCGCAGUCCAAUUUGUUGGGUCAAGGAGGGUUUGGCUAUGUGCACAAGGGUGUUUUGCCUAAUGGAAAGGAGAUUGCAGUUAAGAGCCUCAAGACUGGUAGUGGCCAAGGAGAGCGAGAGUUCCAAGCUGAAGUUGAAAUCAUCAGCCGUGUCCAUCAUCGCCAUCUUGUAUCACUUGUUGGAUAUUGUAUUACUGGUGGGCAGCGCCUUCUGGUCUAUGAUUUUGUUCCUAAUAAGACUCUGGAAUUUCAUCUUCAUGGAGAGGAUCGACCAGUCAUGGAUUGGCCUACUAGGCUUCGUAUUGCACUGGGGUCUGCAAAAGGGCUUGCUUACCUCCAUGAAGAUUGCCAUCCACGGAUUAUCCAUCGAGACAUCAAGGCUGCUAAUAUUCUCCUUGACAACAACUUUGAGGCCAUGGUGGCAGACUUUGGAUUGGCAAAACUCUCUUCAGACAACCACACCCAUGUCUCUACUCGAGUCAUGGGAACUUUCGGGUAUUUGGCUCCGGAAUAUGCAUCAAGCGGCAAAUUAACAGAAAAAUCUGAUGUUUUCUCAUUUGGUGUCAUGCUUUUGGAGCUCAUAACUGGAAGGAGACCUGUUGAUGUAAAUAUGAUGGAAGAUAGUUUAGUAGACUGGGCUAGAGUAAUUGCAAAUGAAGCAUUGGAGAGUGGAAAUUUUGAUAAGUUGGUGGAUCAUCGCUUGGAGAAUAACUAUGUACCUCAUGAAAUGGCUCGCAUGGUAGGCUGCACCAUGGCUUGCGUGCGACACUCUGCUAGAAAGCGCCCAAAAAUGAGUCAGAUAGUGCGUGCACUGGAAGGAGAUUCUUCACUAGAAGACUUACAAGACGGCGUAAGGCCUGGACAAAGCACGAUCUUUGGCGCCUCACCGGGAAGCACAGAAUACAGUUCAUCUACAUAUUCUGCUGACAUGAGGAAGUUCAGGCAGGUGGCUUUGGGUAGCCAAGAAUUUAGUGGUGAGUAUGGAGGAUCCAGUGGUGACUCCCGUGAACAAGCUAGGCCCGUCCAACAGAAGUACAAUAUUUGAGCACCCUAACCACAAGAAUGGAUUAGCUUGAAUUUACUAGCUGCAGCCAUUUUUGUGACCUUGUUUUUCACUGUCAUUCUUUUCAAUUUGGUAUAUAAGUUUUAAUUAUAUGUACGUGAUUGAGUUUAGGUGAGAUGAAAGUCAUUGUUUGGGUGCCUUAAUUUAAGUUUGGAUCGUAUUUGUAACAUGUAAAUGGUGACCUUCCUUAAUUAAAUUUUAAGUGAAUUAAUUUUUUCUAUCA